AUGAUGCCUCCUGAAAACCACGCCGCGUAUCUCGUGAACCCACGCGCCAAACCGCUCGAAGUUAAAUCUGCACCAUACACGGCCCCUGGACCCGAUGAAAUUGUUGUCAAGAACGGCGCUAUUGCCGUCAAUCCUGUUGACUACGGCAAGCAGUUGGGUGGAAACUACUUGUUCGGCUGGCUUAAAUACCCGAUAAUCCUCGGAAGCGAUGUAGCUGGCGAAGUCGUUGAGGUUGGAACGGGGGGAAAGGCAGCCCGGCUGUUUAAACUCGGCGAUCGAGUCGUCGGCCAUGCUGUUGGCAUGGAUAAACGAUCAUCUAAACCAUCAGAAGGCGCAUUCCAAGAAUACACCGUACUCCGGAGCCAUUUAGCUGCUAAAAUUCCGGACGAUCUGUCAUACGAGAAGGCCUGUGUCCUACCCAUGGGUAUUUCCACCGCCUCCUGUGGCCUCUUCAUGAAGGAUUAUGUCGCACUAAGACAUCCUAUAUCACCGUAUGAAAACCCUAGCGACCAGACGUCACUAACUGCAUUCAUCGUAUGGGGUGGCUCGACAAGCGUCGGAACCAACGCCAUCCAGCUUGCAAAGGCCGCUGGAUACGAAGUCCUCACAACAGCAUCACCCAGAAACUUUGAGUAUGUGAGAGAGCUAGGAGCAUCACAGGUUUUCGACUACAAUGACCCAAACACUCCCAGCGCCAUGAUAUCUGCGCUAAAGAACAGGACCUGCGCAGGUGCCAUCGCUAUCGGCAAGGGGUCACUUGAGGCCUGCAUCGACAUCGUCGCCGCGGUCCCCGGCCGCAAAUUCGUCGCGCAGGCAAGCAUACCUCUCGAUGCGGCGAAGGUGCCGGCGAACAUCGUGGGCCUACUCGGUGCUAUGAUGGGUUAUAUAUGGUGGAACGUCUCCAAGACGUUCCGCGCAAAGAUAAAGGGCGUGUCGGUAAAGUUUAUCUGGGGCACCGACCUCAUGGCAAACGAAGUCGGCGGGAUGAUCUACAAUGACUUUUUGCCUGUUGCGCUUGCUUAUGGGCAAUACAAGGCAAAGCCGGAGCCGCAGGUUGUAGGAAAGGGUCUAGAACAUAUUCAAGAUGCGUUGGAUAUUAACUUGAAAGGGGUUUCGGCUGCGAAAGUUGUGGUUACUCUAUGA